AUGCAAUACGCUACUCAGAAACUAUUCUACAACGGCGAUGCCCAAGCCAGCACGUCAGGCAAAACAUUUACAACUAUCGAUCCAUCCACCGCUCAACCCGUAGCAACUAUUCACACCGCUUCAGAAAAGGAUGUUGAUGCGGCAAUAGCUUCAGGUCGAGCGGCUUUCCGUUCGUGGUCACAGACACCGCCUCUCGUACGAUCCCGAAUUCUUCUCAAAGCCGUAUCAUUGCUGCGCGAGCGAAAUGACCGUAUCGCCGAGGUCGAAACACACGAUACUGGGAAACCUUUUUCGGAGACAAGCACAGUCGAUGUUGUCACGGGCGCUGAUGUGCUCGAAUACUUUGCUAAUUUGGUUGCGAGUGGGGGGUUAAAUGGGGAGACUACACAACUGCGACCGGAUGCUUGGAUAUACACAAAGAAGGAGGCAUUGGGUGUAUGCGCAGGAAUUGGAGCCUGGAAUUAUCCCAUUCAAAUUGCUUUAUGGAAGUCGGCGCCAUGCUUGGCGGCAGGAAACUGCAUGGUGUACAAACCAUCUGAAGUCACACCUUUACAUGGACAGGUAUUAGCACAGGUAUAUGCUGAAGCAGGCCUCCCGCCUGGAGUGUUCAACGUCGUUCAUGGUGACGGUGCUGUUGGAGGUUACCUCACGCAACAUCCUGGGAUCGCCAAAGUGAGUUUUACGGGCCAAGUAUCAACUGGUGCGAAAGUCGCUGCUUCAGCCGCUGGCGGCAUGAAAUACGUAACAAUGGAACUUGGAGGAAAAAGUCCUUGCAUCAUCCUCCCAGAUGCCGACUUGGAAAACGCCGUAGACGGAGCAAUGAUGGCAAACUUCUUCUCCACUGGUCAGGUGUGUACGAACGGAACUCGAGUAUUUGUACCGAAAAACAUAAAAUCUGCUUUUGAGAAACGACUUCUCGAGAAGAUGCCAUACAUUCGAUCACUUGAACCAAUGGAUCCAAAUAGUAACUUCGGGCCAUUGGUUUCCCAAAUACACUAUAAGAAAGUCCUAGGCUAUAUUGAGCAUGGCAUUAGGGUCGACAAAGCGACUCUACUAUACGGUGGCCCUACUAAACCAUUUUCGAUCCCGAAAGGCUAUGAGAAUGGUCUCUGGGUACAACCGACGGUCUUCACGGACUGUACCGACGACAUGAAAAUCACAACCGAAGAAAUAUUCGGCCCGGUCCUAUGCAUCCUCUACUACGACACCGUCGAUGAAGUUGUCAAGCGUGCUAACAACACCAAGAUGGGUCUUGCAGCCGGUGUAUUUGGUAAAGACAUCAAUCAAUGUCAUGAUGUGAUUAGCAAGCUCGAAGCUGGUAUUACCUGGAUUAAUACAUGGGGCGAGAGUCCGGCGGAAAUGAGUGUUGGAGGAUGGAAAUUGAGUGGUGUUGGUGUAGAGAAUGGGAGGAGAGGAUUGAGUGCUUGGGUUAGAGAGAAGAGUACUCUUGUUGAGGGAGGUGGCAUUGUAGGCACUGUGUUUUCGAAAUUGUGA